AUCGCGACUUGGCUGGCGAAAAUUUUUCUUUACGCUAUUUUUAUUAAAAAUAUUAAUAAAUAAAUAAAUGCACUCCAUCGCGUUUCAUGUAGUCGCAGAGGAGGAGAAAAACCGAUUGAUUACGGAGGCCGCCGAUCGCCGAAAAUCGCGUGAUGCCAUGAAUAACAGUGAGACGCCCCAAUCUUUGUCGAAAAAAAUAAAUAGGCAUCAAAUCGAAAUAUUAAUAACCCUAAUGGAAGCCAGGCCGGACAUUGCUCGUGGCUUUCAUAAGGGCCACAAUGAUGAAGUUUCCCGGUUUUGGCGGAACGCAGAAGCGGAACUAAACUCUGCAGGUCCACCACUAAAAAAUAUUACUCAAUGGAAAAAGGUGUGGACCGACCAAAAAAAAUAUGUGCGUCACAAGGCGGCGCAAAGUUUUGAAGCCAGAAAAAGCUCGGGUGGUGGUCUAAACACCCAACAGAAACUUUCUCCCAAUGAGGAGGCAAUAUAUAAACUUAUUGGAAUGAAUGAGAACGUUGAACGAAUAUCUGCAUCUAUUUUUGGAUUGUCGCCUUCAAGUGUGUCUAAGGUCAUGACAGAAGAACCUGAGCGCGACGAGCCUGACAACAUAGAGCAUUCGGAGAGAACGAAAAUAGAGAUUUGCGAAUCUCAAAUUAGUUCACCCGUCACAGUCGACGAGCGUACGCCUUCACCGCCACCAGUAUAUGUAGCUCCAGAAAAGAAACUAAAGUUUCAGAAAGGGUUGUUAGAAACUGUUACUAUGGCAGUAAACAGUUCAGUAGAGCAUCAUGAAGAACAGAAACGGCAUUUCAGGGAAAUGGAGCGGCUUAAAAAAGAAGAAAUAGCUGAAAUGCGGCGACACAAUAACCUGUUGGAGCAGUUGCUUAAGAUGUAAAUCUAAAGUAUUUUUCUUUAUUAUAUUUGUAACAGUGAAAUGUAUUCGAAUACAUAUUUUUUUAAUAAUUUUUAUUUCGCAGGUCUUCAUAUUGUUGUACGCUAAAUACAUUUGAGUACUUUUGCCCGUUUUCACCUAUCCAUUCUUCGCAAUGGCUUUCCGCUUUCAACAUGCUCUAUUAAACUCGUUACUGCCACAGUAACGGUGUUUCUAAUAACUCUUGUUGAAUCUUAGGUUCAGAUGUUUUCGCCGAUGGUUUCUUUCCAGUACGUCGCAGGUGGCCUAAUUUGAGAUUUGUGAAUAUCUACUUCUGCUACCUCCAAAUACUCCAUGCAGUCAGGCCCGUAACGCUCAGGUUCUUCUGCAACCAUCUUAUUUUGUCGGCAGAGCCUUUGCUAGAGGAAUAGUUAUGCCAAAAAGCACAUACAUAGUAACAAAGAUUUUUUCUUUUUUUUUAAGUAUUUUGUUUCGAAUGUAUUUGCAGCACAGGCGCACUGGAAGUUGGCAAUCUUAAAGUUCAUCCCAAUGAGCUUUAAAUCGCUUCCCUAUUGGGAGAAAGUUUCUGUCAUGGUAUAAUUCCACAAUGGUUUCCGUCGGGUUUUUGGGCCCCGUGCGCUUCUGAUGGCUUUUGAAUUUGGUGCCGCAUUUUGAAGUGUAUAUUCAGCGUACAAUAAUUUAAAGAUUGAAUAAAUUUAGAUAUGGAUUUAAGUGAUUUUCUUUUUAAGUUUGAUUU